AAACCCGGAGCUAUCCCGUAUCCCUCGGUCCCUCCUACGCCCUCGGCCGUCGCCGCCGCCGCUCUCCCUCCCUCCCUGCCUCCUUCACUCUCCCAUCCCAUCACCAACCCCCAGCCGCACUCGCAAAUGCUCUCCGCCACCAUCGCCGCGCACCCCGCCGCCGCCGCCGCCAUAACCCUGCGGCAACGGCACUCGCUCCGCCGUCGUCAGCCACUCCGCGUUCCCAUCGGCGCGGCGGCGCCGAGGCGGCGGAUGGAAACGGCGAGGUCCUCAGUGGUCAAUGCCGUUGCUAGCCAAGGCGUCCCCGCGGUGCCCCCCAAGCUCUCCUUCCCGAUACUGGUGAAUAGUUGUACUGGAAAAAUGGGGAAGGCUGUGGCAGAAGCAGCUGUAUCAGCCGGUCUUCAGUUAGUUCCUGUAUCAUUCAGUGCCACGGAGGUCCCUGAUGGAAAGCUUAAAAUCUGCGAUAGAGAAAUUCGAAUUCAUGACCCUUCUGAAAGUGAAAAAAUUCUCCCUUCCAUCAUGGAAGAGUACCCAGAUCUCAUAGUUGUCGAUUACACUGUGCCUGAUGCUGUCAAUGCCAAUGCUGAACUCUAUUGCAAAUUGGGUUUGCCAGUUGUAAUGGGCACAACAGGUGGAGAUAGGCAACUGCUGCACAAAACCGUGCAGGAUGCAAAUAUUUAUGCUGUGAUAUCCCCACAGAUGGGAAAGCAGGUCGUUGCUUUUCUUGCUGCCAUGGAAAUCAUGGCAGGGCAAUUCCCUGAUGCAUUUUCAGGUUACAAACUGGAGGUCAUGGAGUCUCAUCAAGCAACAAAGUUGGACGUUUCUGGAACUGCCAAAGCUGUUAUCUCUUGCUUUCAGAAGUUGGGUGUAUCAUUUGACAUGGAUGAGGUAAAACUAGUAAGGGAUCCUGAGGAGCAGGUUAACGUGGUUGGUGUCCCAGAAGAGCAUCUUGAGGGUCAUGCAUUCCACAUGUACCAUCUCACUUCACCUGAUGGGACAGUUUCAUUUGAGUUUCAGCACAACAUAUGUGGCCGUUCAAUAUACGCAGAAGGAACUGUUGAUGCUGCUAUGUUUCUUUACACAAAGAUACAAUCUGGAGCGAGCAAGAAACUGUAUGACAUGAUUGAUGUCUUGAGAGAGGGCAACAUGAGAUGAGACCUGUGCAGGCCAUAGAUGUAUGCUUAUGUGGCCACCAUACACAAGCUGAAAUUCCACCGUGAAUUUUGGUCGCCUUUCCGAUGCACCCACCAUGUAUGGUAAUGCUCAGAGGUAUCAAUUUUUGUGUUAGGCACUUUUCGGUUUCGGAUUAGCAUCUUCCUUUAGAGGACAAAAUGUAGUGGUUACGUGCUCGAAUAAAUGGAUGUUUCUGCUUGAA